UCUUUCAAGCCAUAGUUCCAGCUUGGCACAUCCUAGUGGGAGGAUCCUCAAGGGACAACCCGGACAUGCUGGAGAGACUUAAUCUCUUGGCUGGCCUUGAGUCACCAAAGGCUUCCCCCAGCAGAGCUGGAGGAGGUGUUUGGGGACAGAGAAGCCUGGGAGUCUUUUCUGAGACUGCUAACCUGGUGAUGCGUUCUCCGAUAAGUAGAGGAUGAUGAGUAUGAGGGAUAUCAUGUUCUUUCUGCAAACAGUCCUUUAGGAAUCAUAUGAAGUUGAAUCUUUGUGAUGUUUUAUACUAUGCUUUUCCACAGGACUGGUAGGAAAUCAUGGCAGAUAAACUAGACAUUGCCCUUCAUGAAGCCUCAGUUACCAUUGUGAAACAAUGCGCAGAUGUUCUGUGUGAAGUCCUUCACAGUAAAUUUGAAUGUGUUGCCACCAUCGAGGGUGUGGAGCUGGAGAAUAGGAGCAGCACUUCAUACCAGAGACGACCACCAAUCAUUUCUCCAGAGAAGAGAUUUGAAUUUAGGAUGCCUUCAGGUGUAAAGGUGUCUGUCUGGAAAGCUGAUCUUAUCAACUUCCAAGCUGAGGCUGUUGUGAAUGCAGCUAAUGAAGAUCUACGGCAUUAUGGAGGCCUUGCUCAAGCUCUAUCCAGCGCUGGUGGCCCUCAAAUCCAAAAAGAAAGUGAUGAGUAUGUUAAAAAGCAUGGUAAAGUAAAAACAGGGGAUGCAGUUGCUUUGCAUGCAGGGUCUCUGCCAUACAAGAAGAUCAUCCAUGCUGUUGGUCCAAGACUGGGAAUGAGUCCUUCCCCUCAUGAGCUAGAAGCAGCAAAACAUUUGUUGAAGAAAACCAUCCGGAGAAUUCUUCACAGAGUUGAAGAAAAAAAGCUUGUGAAUGUUGCCAUUCCUGCCAUAAGCUCUGGAAUAUUCAACUACCCUCUGCCAGAAUGUGCCCACACUAUAGUGUCUACUGUAAAAUACCAUUAUGACAACCUGCCCUCUCAUCGACGGUUUCUUCAAGAGAUCUUCUUUGUGAACCACGAUGAUCCCACAGUGCAAGCAAUGGAGAAAGCAUGCCAUCAGAUAUUCAACCCUCACCAGCAUCCGUCUUAUAGCCAGACUGCAGCAAAAAAUACCAGAAGUGCUGCCAGAACCCCACCAUCUUCAGUCCAGAUUGGAAAUGUCAUUCUGACACUGAAGAAGGGUUUCAUUGAAGAUCAAACGACAGAUGUGAUUGUAAACACUGCAGCAGAGGAUAGAAAUCUGAGCACUGGUCAAAUUUCCAGUGCUAUAUUGAAAAAAGCUGGCUCUAAGAUACAAAAGGAAAUGUUUACAGCGAAAAGGACAGGUAAUGUCAUCUGCACAAAAGGUUAUCAGCUGAACUGCAAAGAGGUAUUUCACACGAUUUGCACUGUAAAGGGCAGCUGUAAAGAAACGUUUGAAACAGCAGAACAGAUACUUUUUGACGCAACAUGGGAGUGUUUAUUGAAUGCACAAAAAAGUUGUCACAACUCAAUCUCCUUUCCUGCCAUUGGCACUGGAAACCUUGGAUUUCGUAAACAGGAAUCAGCCUCCAUCAUGUCAAAAGCUGUGGCUCAAUUUGCAGAACAGAAUCAAAGAAAGUUGGACGUUUUCUUUGUCAUUCAUCCAUCUGACAAUGACACAUAUGAGGCAUUUGAAGCAAAGAUAAAUGUUCUCCAUGAAAAAAUUUCAAGCUUCAUGUUGGCAACAGCAUCAGGGCCUAAAGGUGACUCCCAAACCAGCAGACCUCCAACACCAAAAAUCUCCCUUCAUGGUUCUUCUGAUGAAUCGAAAAUCGAAGCUAAAAAGUGGCUAAGUGACCUAUUUCAAUGUCGUGGCGUCAUCAGGAUUCAAAACAACUUCAUCUCACACUUCAGCGAACAAGACCAUCUGCAGCUGUCCAAAUUAGCUGUCCCUGAAAAAGGAUUGUCCAUUGAGGAGUCUUUCUCUCAGGGUCAUGCAUGUAUAACAGUAAUGGGGAAAUCAGGGAGAGAUGUUGCCAUUGCCGCAUUGCAAGUGGAAGCAAUGCUCUGCAGAACCCAAAAAGAGUUUAUAUCAGAGGAAGAGCAUCAGCUGAAGAUGUUGUCAGGCAUCAACAUUUCUAUGGAGAGGAGGACAGUUAAUCCAACAAGCCAACAGUUUUACAACAGAUUACAGCAUUUCAAACCACUAGGUGUAUCGGUAGUUAAGGUUGAAAAAGUGGAGAAUUGUGCUCUAAAGGAGAUGUUCGACCUGAAGAAGAAGCAGAUUGACUGCUACAGACCUAAAACUAUGUUUCAACGCAUCUCUGCCCAGUUCUGUGGGAUGAUCAGCCGAAUUGGAUUCCAGGCUGAGUGUGCACCACCAGAAGAUCCAGAGUAUGGAGAUGGCAUCUAUUUUACACGCAGUGUAAAUGUGGCCAUGAAGCUGUGGAAGCAGACAGGGGAAGAGUACCUGUACUUUGUGGAGGCUGAGGUGCUGAAAGGGAGGUCAGUUCGUGGUAAACCAGGAAUCUUUAUGCCUCCUCCAGUUGGAAAAGAUCCUAACGUCACCUAUGAUGGUGUAGAUGGAGGGCCUGAUGUCUCUGUUAUCUUCAGCGGUUACCAAGCUUUACCCAAAUACAUCAUCACCUGUAAGAGGCUUAGUUAAUAGUGAAAUCUUUUGUCUGACUAGAACAGAUAAAAAGUGACCUUUUUUUUGUAUUAUAUGGGUUUGUCAGUUUUAUUGCUUUAUAACUAUGUACCCUCUGUAGAAAUUAGCCUUUGGCUAUAAUCUAUCAUGUUUACAUUAAUUUUGUAUGUAUAUUCAGAAACAUCCAUUGUGCCAAGCAAA